GAGAGAGCGCGUGAGGGGAGAGAGGGCUGUCCUUUAGCCCCAAACUGGACCCCGAUCAUCCUCAGAAACAGCUUUGGAGACAUGCAGAAGCACAAAUGAAGUCAGUCUACGGGUCCUGAGAGGGUCAAAACAGCUGUGGAUGUGUUGUUUUCGCAGGUUCGGGACGGCUCCGCGUAUGGCUCACUGCUGGGAGCGUCUGGUGUGAUGCAUGGAGGGCUGCGCCAUGGCUUCUGCUCCACCUGAGGCGAGGAAGUUCACCCGGGGGCUCCACAAACCCGGGACGGCUGCAGAGCUGAGGCAGAGCGUGUCAGAGGCGGUCAGGACGUCAGUGCUGCUGGUGAAGCCAAAGAUUAUAGAGCCGCUAGACUACGAAAAUGUGGUUCUCCAAAGGAAGACCCAGAUCGUCAGUGAUGUUUUACGGGACAUGCUUCAGUUCCCUCAAGACGACUUUGAGAUAUGCACCCUUAGGCGUCAAGGCCGGACUCUCUUUUCGACCGUGCCAGACUCUGCAGAGAAGGAAGCUCAAGCUCUGUUUGUGCAGGAGUGCAUUAAGACCUACAAGUCAGACUGGCAUGUGGUGAACUACAAGUACGAGGAGUAUUCCGGGGACUUCCGGCAGCUCCAGAAUAAAGUGCCCAGACCUGAGCAACUCGCCCCCCACGUUUUCGAAGUUGAUGAAGAUGUAGAAAAAGAUGAGGACACGGCCUCCCUUGGAUCCCAGAGAGGAGGAGUGUCCAAACAUGGCUGGCUGUACAAAGGAAACAUGAACAGCGCAAUCAGUGUUACGAUGAGGUCUUUUAAGAGGCGGUACUUCCAUCUGGCUCAGCUGGGAGACGGCUCCUAUAAUCUGAACUUCUACAAAGACGAGAACACGUCCAAAGAACCCAAAGGAACCAUUUUCUUAGACUCCUGCAUGGGGGUCGUGCAGAACAGCAAAGUGCGGCGCUUUGCUUUUGAGCUGAAAAUGCAGGACAAAAGCACGUUCUUGCUGGCCGCAGACAGCGAGGCGGAGAUGGAGGAGUGGAUCAGCACUCUCAACAAAAUCCUCCACAGCAGUUUCGAACAGGCCAUGCAAGAGAAGAGAAACGGAGACAUACACGAUGCAGACGAAGAACAUGGAAAAGCAGACGCCUCAUCCGGAAGUUUUCAGGACAGCUUUCAGACGGCCAGAGACAUUGAGUCUAAAAUGAAAAGUGAAGCUCGACUCAAGCUGUUCACUCUCGACCCAGACACACAGAAACUAGACAUCUCCGGGAUCGAGCCAGACAUACGGCAAUUUGAAGAAAAGUUCGGGAAGAGAGUGCUGGUCAGCUGCCACGACCUCUCGUUCAACUUGCAGGGCUGCGUGGCCGAGAACGACGAAGGGCCCACCACUAAUGUGGAGCCGUUCUACGUCGUCCUGUCUUUAUUUGACGUCCAGAACGGCAGAAAGAUCUCCGCCGAUUUCCACGUGGACUUGAAUCACCCCGUAGUCCGACAGAUGACCGGUUCAGGUUUGGGGCCAGAUAUUCAAAUCAACGGGGAUCCUCGCGCGCUCCCGGAAGCAGCUCUGCAGUAUCCAAAACAAGGCGUGUUCUCGGUCACGUGCCCACACCCAGAAAUCUUCCUAGUUGCGAGGAUUGAGAAAGUUCUGCAGGGAGGAAUCACCCACUGCACUGAACCUUAUAUGAAGAGCUCAGAUUCAACAAAGAUUGCACAGAAGGUUUUGAAAAAUGCCAAGACGGCCUGCAGCAGACUUGGACAGUACAGGAUGCCUUUUGCCUGGGCUGCACGCCCUGUAUUCAAAGACGCAUCUGGAACCUUGGACAAAAGCACUCGGUUUUCCGCUCUCUACAGACAGGACAGCAGCAAGUUGUCAGACGAGGAUAUGUUCAAACUCCUCACUGACUUCAGGAAACCGGAGAAAAUGGCCAAGCUUCCUGUGCUUUUGGGCAACUUGGACGUGACAGUCGACAGUGUUGCUCCGGAUGUAACAAAUUGCGUUACUCCUUCGUACAUCCCCGUGAGGAACUUUGAGGGAAAUGGACCCAGCAGUGCUUUGCUCGAAGUUGAAGAAUUCGUCCCAUGCAUCGCCAAAUGUUCCCAACCAUUUACCAUCUACAAAAACCACCUUUAUGUCUACCCCAAACAUCUCAAAUACGACAGCCAGAAGUCAUUUGCCAAGGCAAGGAACAUCGCAGUGUGCAUAGAAUUUAAAGACUCUGAUGAGGACGAAGCACAGCCGCUAAAGUGUAUUUAUGGACGUCCAGGAGGCCCCCUCUUCACGAAACAGGCCUACGCAACUGUUCUUCACCACCAGCAGAACCCAGAGUUUUAUGACGAGAUAAAAAUUGAGCUUCCCACUCAACUACACGAGAAUCACCAUCUCCUCUUCACGUUUUAUCAUGUGAGCUGUGACAGUAACAGCAAGAAGAGAGACCUGAUAGAGACUCCAGUGGGCUCCGCGUGGCUGCCUUUGCUCCGAGACGGGAGGGUUAUUAUGAACGAGCAGCUCUUGCCUGUUGCUGCCAAUCUGCCUGCUGGGUAUCUAAGCUCCCAGGACGCUGUCACCAAGCACUCAGGCUCAGAAAUCAAAUGGGUCGACAGCGGAAAACCUUUGUUCAAAGUCUCCACUCAUCUCGUCUCCACAGUGUACACUCAGGAUCAACAUUUGCACAACUUUUUUCACCACUGUCAAAAGAUGAACUUAUCAGAGCACGGUUUAGAGGGCGAGCUGGUCAAAUACCUCAAGAGUCUUCAUGCGAUGGAGGGGCACGUCAUGGUCAACUUCCUCCCGACGAUUAUCAACCAGUUGUUUUGUGUUUUAACCAGAGCCACACAUGAGGAUGUAGCUGUUAACGUGACGAGAGUGAUGGUUCACGUCGUUGCACAGUGCCACGAGGAGGGGCUGGAGCACUACCUAAGAUCUUAUGUGAAGUUUGUGCUGAAACCCGAGCCAUAUUCCGGUUUAAAUGUAAAAACGGUUCACGAGGAACUAGCAAAAGCGAUGACAGCCAUUUUGAAACCAUCCACCGACUUUCUGACAAGUAACAAGCUGCUCAAGCACUCCUGGUAUUUCUUUGAGGCGCUAGUCAAGUCGAUGGCUCAUUAUCUCAUAGAAAGUGGGAAAGUGAAGCUCUCUAGAAACCAACGUUUUUCCGCCUCCUUCUAUCACGCGGUGGAGACGCUGGUCAACAUGCUAAUGCCGCACAUCACACAGAAGUACAAGGACAACCUGGAUGCCGCGCGGAACGCUAACCACAGCUUGGCAGUUUUCGUUAAACGCUGCUUCACCUUCAUGGACCGAGGCUUUGUCUUCAAACAAAUUAAUAAUUACAUCAACUGCUUUGUACCGGGCGACCCCAAGACGCUGUAUGAAUUUAAGUUUGAGUUCCUGCGCGUCGUCUGCAGCCAUGAGCACUUUGUUCCUCUCAACCUGCCCAUGCCGUUUGGAAAGGGAAGAAUACAGCGGUUCCAGGAUCUCCAACUAGAUUACUCUUUGACUGAUGACUUCUGUCGCAAUCACUUCCUGGUCGGUCUCCUGCUGAAGGAAGUGGGCGGGGCUCUUCAGGAGUACAGAGAGAUACGGCAGACCGCCAUCCAGGUGCUCAAAGCUCUGAUGAUCAAACACACAUUCGACGAUCGCUACGCUGCAAAAAGUCAUCAGGCCCGGCUCGCCACUCUGUACCUCCCUAUGUUUGGACUGCUUCAGGAGAACGUUCACAGGCUGGACAUGAAGGACCUGGCCCCUUUCAGUAACCACAGUAAUCACAGGGAGGACUCGCUGGUGCCAAACGCCAUGGUAACGCCUCACAAACCUGGCAGCUGUAUAGAAAACGCUCUCCACAAAGACGUAUUUGGGGUCAUCUCUGGAACAGCCUCUCCCCACAGCUCCACUCCAAACGUCAGCGCCGUUCACCACGCGGACUCCAGGGGCUCCCUCAUCUCCACCGACUCUGGCAACAGCCUAUUAGACAAAAGCAGUGACAGAACCAACUCCCUCGAGAAGAACCAGUGUGCGUCCGCCCUGGGUAGCACCAUGCUUCGCUGCGAUAAACUGGACAGAGAUGAGAUCAGGAACCUGCUCAUGUGUUUUCUACAUAUACUCAAAAGCAUGUCGGAGGAGGCUCUUUUUGCGUACUGGAAUAAAGCCGCUCCCUCAGAUCUGAUGGACUUCUUUACACUAUUAGAAGUGUGCCUUCAUCAGUUCCGUUAUAUGGGCAAAAGAUUCAUCGCCAGGAGCCAGGACGGGACAAGCCUUUUGACUCCAGAUAAGAAGUCUUUAACUCUACCUGUGUCUCGAAACAGGGCGGGGCUUCUGCACGCACGUCUACAGCAGCUGGGAACGCCUGAGAGCGCACACACCUUCAACAACAUGUAUUCUCACGCUGAGGCUGACGUGAGCAGCCAGUGUCUGCUAGAGGCUAAUGUGUCCACGGAGGUUUGCCUGACGGUGCUGGACACGCUCAGCAUCUUUAUCAUGGGCUUCAAGACACAGCUGACCUCUGACCUCGGGCACAACCCUCUCAUGAAGAAGGUUUUCCAGGUCCAUUUGUGUUUUCUGCAAAUUCCACAAUCGGAGACGGCGCUGAAACACGUCUUCACCUCCCUCCGGACGUUCAUCUACAAGUUUCCCUGUACGUUCUUUGAUGGCAGAGCCGACAUGUGCGCCUCUCUCUGCUAUGAAAUCCUCAAAUGCUGUAACUCCAAACUCAGCGGUAUUCGCAGCGACGCAGCCCAUCUGCUCUACUUCCUCAUGAAAAGCAACUUCGACUACACGGGCCGCAAGUCUUUUGUACGAACGCACCUCCAGGUUGUCAUCGCCGUGAGUCAGCUGAUAGCAGACGUGAUCGGGAUCGGCGGCACCCGCUUCCAGCAGUCUCUCUCCAUUAUCAACAAUUGUGCGAACAGUGACAAGAACAUCAAGCAUACGGCGUUCCCGUCCGACGUUAAGGACUUGAUGAAACGCAUUCGGACGGUGCUGAUGGCCACGGAGCAGAUGAAGGAGCACGAGAACGACCCCGAGAUGUUGGUAGAUCUUCAGUACAGUUUAGCCAAGUCCUACACCAGCACUCCAGAGCUACGCAAGACCUGGCUGGACAGCAUGGCCCGUAUCCACAACAAGAACGGAGAUCUGUCAGAGGCUGCGAUGUGUUAUGUUCACGUGGCGGCGCUCGUGGCUGAGUAUUUAUGGAGAAAAGGCAUGUUCAGGCAGGGCUGCGCCGCUUUCCGGGUCAUCACCCCAAACAUAGACGAGGAGGCGGCCAUGAUGGAAGACGUGGGAAUGCAGGACGUUCACUUUAAUGAGGAGGUUCUGAUGGAGCUGCUGGAGGAGUGCGCGGACGGGCUUUGGAAAGCAGAGCGCUACGAACUCAUCGCCGACGUCUACAAACUUAUAAUCCCCAUCUAUGAACAACGGAGAGAUUUUGAGAAACUGACACAUCUGUAUGACACACUGCAUCGCGCCUACACCAAGGUCAUAGAAGUGAUGCAUUCUGGGAAAAGGCUGUUGGGGACGUACUUCAGAGUGGCCUUCUUUGGGCAGGGUUUCUUUGAGGAUGAAGACGGGAAGGAGUAUAUUUACAAAGAGCCCAAGUUCACUCCGCUCUCAGAGAUUUCCCAGAGGCUCCUCAAACUUUACUCUGACAAGUUUGGUCAAGAAAACGUCAAGAUAAUCCAAGACUCUGGCAAGGUAAACCCAAAGGAUCUAGACUCAAAGUACGCUUACAUCCAAGUCACCCACGUCACUCCGUACCUGGACGAUAAGGAGCUGGACGAUCGCAAGACGGAUUUCGAGAAAAGCCAUAACAUCCGGAGAUUUGUUUUCGAGACGCCGUUCACCGUGUCGGGAAAGAAGCAGGGAGGAGUGGACGAGCAGUGCAAGAGGAGGAACAUUCUCACGACCACACACUGUUUUCCGUACGUGAAGAAGCGGAUUGCGGUGAUGUACCAGCACCAGACCGACUUAAGCCCCAUCGAAGUGGCUAUAGACGAAAUGAGCGUUAAAGUCGCCGAACUCCGCCUCCUUUGCUCCGCGUCCGAGGUCGAUAUGAUCAGACUGCAGCUGAAACUACAAGGCAGCAUCAGCGUGCAGGUUAACGCUGGACCGCUCGCUUACGCCCGAGCGUUUUUAGAUGACGGCAGUGCCAAGAAAUACCCAGACAACAAAGUUAAACAGUUAAAGGAGGUAUUCAGGCAGUUUGUAGACGCCUGCGGUCAAGCGUUGGGCGUGAACGAGCGGCUAAUCAAAGAGGAUCAACAGGAGUACCACGACGAGAUGAAAGCCAACUACAGAGACCUGACCAGGGAGCUGUCCAGCAUCAUGCACGAACAGAUCUUCCCAGUAGAAGACGGUUCCCGAAAUGCCCUGUCCGACUCGAUGGGAAUCUUCAACGCCAUCAGCGGCACUCCGAGCAGCCCCAACCCCCACGGCUCCACCACCGUACUCUGAUAUCGUCGCCGGUGAUUGGACGAAUCAUCUGCCAAUCAAAUUUGACUUUGCAUAUUCCUACAGCUGGAAAAGAAGACAAUUGUUUCCCAUGGAGACUUUUUAGAAGUUGAGACUUUAAUGUAUAUUGUAUUUUGUCUUACAGUUUUUAAUCCUGACGUAUCUGGACACAUGUAGUGACUAAGCAAAAUAAGCGUGUUAUCUAAAUGGCCCUGGCUCCCCUGACCCCGCCCUGUAAACACGUUACAAAGGUCAAAAUACACGCACUGCUUUAGAGUUUGGAAUAUUACCUCUUUUUAUUAUAAAUACAUAAGAUUUUUUUACUUAUUUUGUCUGCGUGCCGUGAAUUUUUUUAUCUCUCCGAUGGAUUUAUCGCGAUUUUUUCAGGCCAACUGAUGUUCGUUUUUUGUAAAGCCAAGCAAACUUCAUCAUUUUAAACUAUUUUGUGUAAAAAAAAAAAAAGAAACGUGUGCAAUAUUUUAAUGUUACCACGGCGACAGUAACUACCUACGUAUGCCCCCUGCCAAAGACGUCAGAAAAGUGCAAUGCUCGGCGAUCGUUUGCAAUCUGUUAUGAUCUUAGACAAAACUUUUAUCACUAGUCAGAAGAUAGUUUUAUGUAUCGGGUGUAAAUAUGAUUAUGGCUUAUAAAUAAAGAAACGAAUACCAUCCGUCUUCUGCUUUUGAAUU